CCGUUCUAAUUUUAAUUCAGUGCGUGUCAGAAACACUCCAAAGGCUGAAGGCGAAACAAUCUCGUCGUUUCCGUCUCCUUGUGAUUACUAGUUGUUUAGUUAAUUUUUCAUACAAUAAGUGGUUCUUUUCCGUAUUCGUUCCUUUUUCCGAGUAUACCUCUUUGUGCAAGAACAUUGUAAAAGAAUAUACGCUCGUUGCAAAGAAAAAAGUGCGAACAUUUCCCAGUGAUGUGAGAUGAUGUUUGGAUUAAAAAUUGCAUAGAUAAAAUACACAUCAAUAUAUUCGAAUUGCCUGACAGAAGCCUCGACCGAAUAUUUCAACUUCUAACCGGCCAAGGUGGCCUAACCUCGAUGAUAGUCGGGCGACAGACUGUAAUCCCAACGAAUACUUUAGAAACAUGAAUAAUAAGAGUAUUAUGUUUGACUCCUAUCAAAUGCAAAAUAUUCCAUACAUUCAUUUCUUCCAUUUAUAUACCUUGUAAUAACUGCCCGAAAUGCAUCUACGUUAAUAGAUUUAAAAUAGACUAGCGUAUGAUUUUCUUCUCUGAAAGAUGAGUCAACUGAGGUCUUGUAACUGUUGGAAACAAUAAUGAGAUUUUUCAUUACAUAAAUUCCUUUCUGUUCGCAGCAUAUUGUUUACGAUGAAUCGACAACUUCGUUUCUUUGCUUUAUUUACAUUGGCCAUUACUCAUAUUCAUGGCCUACCGCGAACAAUUAAAGUUGGUGCAAUUUUUCACAAAGGCGACGAGGAUUAUAUCUCCACGUUCGAAAGAGCUAUCUAUGACUCGAAAUUCGAGCAACUUGCACCUGCGUUCGAACUUGCCUCCGUCGUAAAACGUGUAGAUGCCGAUACUGACAGUUUCAAGACUGCCGCAGCUGUUUGCGAGCUGCUGAUGGAAGGCGUGGCGGCUAUUUUUGGACCCACGAGUUCGCAUACUCGUGGAAUAGUUGCUAGCACCGCGGCACGAUUCAACGUACCGCACAUUGAAUAUGUUUGGCGAGAAAGUGAAAGAUUACGAACAGAUAAGUCAGUGCCACCGUCGCCGAUGACAAUAAACGUGUAUCCUGAUAAUGAGAGAAUUAGCCAGGCUAUCGCUGAUGUUGUCGACUCGAUGCAAUGGCGAAACUAUGCGGUGAUUUACGAAAACGAUGACGGCCUGUCGCGUAUUCAGAAGACUUUGACACUGAAGCGAAGCAAGGACUAUCCUAUCACGAUACGGCAACUGAAUAAAGAGUCGGAUGAUUAUCGUCCGAUGCUCAAGGAAAUAAGUUCCUUGUCAGUUUGCAACAUCAUCAUCGAUGUCGAACCGCAGAAACUCAUUCAUGUUCUCAAGCAGGCGAAGGAAGUCAAGCUACUUUCGGAUUACUGCAAUUUCAUCAUAACAUACCUGGAUUCGUCCAAAUUGCCUAUUCUCGAGGUACGCAACAACACUAUCGCCAACAUCACCGGCUUCAGUUUGAGGGAAAAUGACGACGUCCUGGGAAUUAACUGGUUAAACUCGGCGGUUCUCUAUGACGCAGUAUUCUUACUGGACAAGGCACUUGAGACCCUGAAUGCGAGAAACCUCGGUAACGAAGAGCCUGUUAUCAUUGAACCCACACCGCUUUCUUGCUUUACUGAGAACUAUACUGAGAAAUAUCAAGCAGGUUUGAACAUUACCAGCGCUAUACGAGAGUUGUCAAAAAUGGGGAAGAUAACAGGCGCGAUGAGCAUCGACGAGUAUGGUCGUCGACGGAAUUUUAACAUCAGAAUAUUGGACUUUCGACAGUCUGGUAUAGUGGAAACGGGCUACUGGGACCAGGACGGUCUGCAUUUUACGCAGACCGAAAAGGAGCAUGAGAGCUACUUGUUUAAAUCUAUUCAAGAAAAGAAAUUUUUAAUCAGCACCAGAGUGGGUUCACCUUACGUGAUGGAAGUGAAUGAUGGAUCGGCACGAGGAGUAUUGAUCGAUCAGAAGCGCUACGAAGGUUAUUGCAUCGACCUGAUCGAACAUAUCGCGAAUCAUUUAAAAUUUCAAUACAAAUUUGAGCUAGUACCAGACGGACAGUACGGCAGUUACAAUGCAAAGACCAAAAGCUGGGACGGAUUGAUCAGGCGUCUUCUCGAUCGCGAAGCUGAUCUCGCGAUAUGUGAUCUAACUAUAACGUAUCAACGCGAGUCUGCCGUGGAUUUCAGCAUGCCGUUCAUGAAUCUGGGUAUUAGCAUUUUAUUCAGUAAGCCGGAGGAAAAGGUACCGAAUCUUUUUUCAUUCUUGUCACCCUUGUCCGCUGAUGUGUGGAUUUAUAUGGCGACCGCUUAUCUUGCCGUGUCGAUAAUGCUGUUCCUUCAAGCCAGAAUGGCACCAGGCGAGUGGGAUAAUCCACAUCCAUGCAAUGCAGAUCCUGAAGAGCUAGAAAAUAAUUUCAACUUGAAAAAUUCCAUGUGGCUGACCAUUGGUUCCCUUAUGCAACAAGGAUCCGAUAUUUUGCCCAAAGCGCCAUCGAUUCGAAUGCUCGCGAGUAUGUGGUGGUUCUUCACGCUUAUUAUGAUCUCCUCUUAUACAGCGAAUCUAGCCGCCUUCCUCACUGUGGACAAGAUGGACACACCUAUUAAAGGUGUCGAAGACUUGGCUAAGCAAACUAAAAUCAAAUACGGAUCUCUCGGAAGAGGUUCGACAGCGAAUUUCUUCCGGGAUUCCAACUAUUCAACAUACAAACGAAUGUGGGCUACAAUGACGGAAACUAGACCCAGCGUAUUUACCGCCAGCAAUGAGGAAGGUGUCGAUCGAGUUAUCAAGAGCAAACGGACAUAUGCAUUUCUAAUGGAAUCGACCUCUAUCGAGUACCGAACAGAAAGGAACUGUGAAAUAGAAAAGAUCGGGGGUCUCAUCGACAACAAGGGAUAUGGUAUAGCCUUACCGCGCAAUUCCCCAUACAGAACGCUAAUUAACGGUGCAAUCUUGACGCUAGGUGAGAAAGGCACGUUGCAAGAAUUAAAGAAGAAGUGGUGGCAAGAAAGGGGUGGCGGAUUAUGCAAGAAGGACGAAACGGAUAAAAGCGCCAGCACUAGCGAAUUAGGUUUACCGAAUGUUGGCGGCGUUUUCCUGGUCCUCAUGUGCGGUUGUGGUGCGUCCCUGGUAAUCGCCAUUUGCGAAUUCCUGUGGAAUAUACGAAAAGUCGCAGUGAGAGAAAAAAUUACACCACGGGAAGCAUUAGUGGCUGAGUUGAGAUUCGCUGUGAACAUAUGGGCAAUGACAAAACCUGUUAAAAUAGCCAAGACAAACAGCAGUACAAGCUCCGUGGAACGUGGCCUCGAUGGUGGCCGGGGAGGAUCCACGGCUCGUUCUAUUGUUGGCUCCUUCCUACGACUCGAUAUGCUCGAUAAAUUCGAUCACAACACAAACAAUCGCGGCAAUGAUCGUAAAAUUAAUUGACUGCUGUUUACUUAAAAUUUAUAUCGACCAUUCUCUAUUCUCGUGUUUAUAAAAUAGUUCACUACACGACAGAAGUACAACAAAAUAUGGGAAAAAUAAUGAUUACGAGAGAAAGAGAUCACAAGUAUACAUCUUGACUACACCUUUGGGACUACUACUUGUGUCAAAUAUUACUGAGCAAACAGCAUGUGUUGUUCAUAAAAAAAAAAAAUAUAUGUGUCGAAUAACGAUUUGAAAACUACGUUUGUAAUAUCUGCUAAAUUAUUAUAAUUGAUAGAAUAUAUUAUAAAUAACGGAAUUUGUCCGUAUAACGUAUGGAACUUUACACACUCUUCAUGAAAUAAAAAUGUACCGCGUACCAUUGAA